AUCGAAAUCGCGGCGGCUCAUUUUAAUAGUAACACAAAACGAGACGCAUAAUUUAAAGUAAAACGCGCAUUUUGCUUACUCGAUUUUCAGUUUGAAUUUUACUCUAAGUGCUCUAAAAUCAAAAAUUUGAUUUCAUUGACAGAAAACAAUAUCCUCAAAAGUUACCCUUACUGGCACAAAAAAAAACAUAUUCCAGUUUUUUGCUAUCUCUGAUUGUUACGAAAGAGUACAUUCCAGCAAUUGAGAGAAUCCUAAGAAUGAGUCCCCGAACGCAGACAGGAGGAAGUAGCAUGGGAAACUGGCAGCAAGUGUACAGCAGAUACGACUGCGGAGAAGAGAUCGGAUCAGGUGGAUUCGGUCGCGUGUAUUCUGGAACCAGAAUCCAUGACAACCUUCCUGUUGCCAUCAAAGACAUCGCCAGGAACAAAGUUACAUCAUGGGCUAAGCUGAAUGGAAAAACUGUGCCAUUCGAAAUAAAACUUCUAGCGGAAGCCAGUCAACUCGAGGAAGGCAUCAUUCAAAUGUACGAAUGGUUUGAGACUGCGAACAGUUUCGUCAUCGUCAUGGAGCGUCCCGCCACAUGUCAAGAUCUAUUCGAUCAUAUCGAAGUUUUUCACACCCUUGAAGAAGAGAAAGCGAGAGACUUUUUCUUCCAAGUACUUGCAGUUUGCGAUCGACUAAUGCAGAUCGGAAUUGUUCACCGAGACAUAAAAGACGAAAAUCUUCUGGUGAAUUUGGAAACCAACCAGCUGAAACUGAUUGACUUUGGAGCAGGAGCCUAUUUUGAUGCCAAGAAAUUCUACGAAGACUACCAAGGAACUCGAGUUUAUUCUCCGCCCGAGUGGAUACGACUAAGAUGUUAUAGAGCAGUUCCGGCACUUGUGUGGUCUCUUGGAAUUCUUCUCUACGACAUGGUCAUGGGUGACAUACCAUUCCACUCUGACACAGACAUCUGUGAAGCAUCACUCUACUUCUCAGACGGAAUUUCCGACUCUUGCCAAGACCUAAUCAGAAGAAUGCUCUCCCUCAAACCAGACAAAAGGCCAACCAUCGAUGAAUUGUAUACACAUCCCUGGCUGAGAUCUUGUCGAAGAAGCAGCCAAAUUUUCAAGCCGACAACUUCGUCGCCUCGCUGUGACGAGAACAACGACUCAGGACUGGGUCUGUCGAAAUCAAUGAUGAACGGGUCAGUAGACCAAUUUCCAGUGAAUGCUACCUCUAAAUGCAGCAGCGCCAACAGUAGUACGGCUACAGUGGCAACAAAAACAACAACUCCCACCUCAACUUGCAGCACAGACAGUGCUCUGGACACCCACAUUACCUCUUUAUCAUCAUCUCUCGAGAACUCCUCGAUGCAAUCACCUUCCACCUGCAGUUCGAUGGAGAAGUCCAAGUCCCUCUCCAGCUCGACCACAGACUACACGUCGGAUUACGGCAGCUUGCCAUACCACAGUUCCUCCUCCGGUGAAAAGCAGGAGAAUGAAGCGAAAUCGGCAAAGACUGUCGGGGUCACGACCUCAGAAGCAGCAGCAGCAUCAGGGAAAACUAACAACUCAAACUCAUCCAGCGACAAUUGCCAACAACAGAAAACCUCAUCGUCAUCGACAUUAAUGUCUCACCAGUGUCCGCCCAUAAAACAGCAGCUGAAAUCGAACCACCUGCAAACGUCCUACGGCUCCAAUCAGUUUGCCAAUACCGCCGCCGCCGCAAUCAACUCAUUUCACUCACUGUCAUCAUCAUCAGCAUUUUCCUCCUGUUCGCCCCUAACGCUCUCGUUACACCAGUCGCCCCCAAGCUCCACUUCGCAAUCGAAUGGGCCUUCAACGUCGACCAUGCUAGCGAGUAGCAACUCAGGGGGAAUCUUUUCUUGUCAUUCCAAAGUGUCCAAAUUCGCCUCCUCAACUCUCUCUCCUUUUAGUUAGCGACAUGCAGCUUAUUUCGACCCAAGUUACUGACAGCGCCAAGAUUCGUCAGUGCAGCAGAUUUAGUUUUUGUUCGAUUUGUUUUAAUCUGAUUAGCCUUGGCGCCCUUUUUUGUGCUUUACUUCAUUCUCCUAUUUUAGACAACAACUUAGCGCGUGUUGAUGAACUUGUUUAUCUCAUUUUCCUUGUUAUUCCUUUUCCCACUCUGUACAUUGUUUGGAGCUUUUAAGGUUCGACUGAAGACUGCAGCUACCUGAGAAACUGUUCUAGUUAUGUUAUUGCCACCACUAUUACCAGCAAACGAUCAAGUUAUCUCAUCAAGUCAGCAGCAGAAUCAGUCGAACUAGCAGGCCUCGAACUACAGAAAUACAAACCAACUAAUGUCGUCCUCGUCGUGUGCUGUGAUUUUUGUAUCCGCCAGAAAUGCACGUAUUUUCAGUUCUUUUUUCCAUCGUGCGUUGGUGCAUUUCGAAUUUAUUGUAACUGGAAAGAGAAGAAUUCGAGAACUAUCUUAUAAUGAACGACUGGAAGCCGAAGGAAAGAAUGUGAAGCUAUCGCAGAGCAAUAGAUUCUGCAUGUGGCUUCACUUUGUCCUCUCUAGUUUCUACGUUUGCCAGCAGCAGUUAGUUGGUUUAGUUGUCUUCUCUUCGUCUUCGUGUCUGUCCUCGAAGUGCCUUCUUGCCAAAUCAUCUCCAUCUCCAGAACAUCAAUAGUUUGUUAGCCAAUCCGGACGUCAAAAGUGAAAUGAUGUGAACUGAAGAACGCCACACGUGCAGAACAGAAUAGUAGCAGUUUUUUCAGCCAGCUCCUGAACCAGCGCCCCACUCCAAGACAGCCUAGCCCAAGUAGGCUGGCAAGAAAAGGAAAGGGAAGAUGGAAGGAGAAAGGGUCAGCUGGAAAGUAUGACAGCUGAAAAAGACUGUUGAAGUAUGCUAGAAGAUCAAUUUCACUUCGAAAUACUCAAUUGUGCAAUUCUGAGUUUAGUUAAUACGAUAUCUUACCUACCAGUACCAUCUACCUACAUGUACUUUACACUUACUAUACUAUACAUGAUACUACUCGUUGUACUGUAAUCACAAUUGUUAAUUAUGAAUUUUAAUUUUUCUA